CUUGGGAUGGCCUGGGAGUUAAAUUUCCUCUAAAAAAAUUCAUUUGAGAAAUUUAGAUCCCAAAGUAAAUCGAAGAUAGACAUAAUUGAACUCACUAUUUCAAUCCAGAGAAAAGUGAAGAUUCCAAAUCCGAAAGUCCAAAUAAAAGGUUGAAAUUUGAAAGUUGAAGAUCUAACAGUUACAGACGAAGUAAACAUGGCGGACUAUUCUGAAUUAUGUGAGGAAUCCGAAAGAAUCAACGGUGAGAAAACCAAAACCAAAAGAAGUAAGCCGGAAGAAACACUCUACGGCGUUCUCCACCGUCUGAUUGUGAUGAUUUUCUUCCCUGAUCAGAAUACCAGCAUCGCAUCAACUCCUCUGCUGCAGCGGGUAAAGAUUUCUCUAUCCGAGAAUUGUUCCCCCCUUCUCGAAGCUUCGAAACAGACUGGCCAGCAUGUUCUUCUCUGGACCCGUAGGGGCAGUCCUCUUCGUGCACUCUUGGUCAUCUCUGUUGGGAUGAUUACUCUUCUUACCUUGACAGGAUUGCUUGUAUUUAUGCUUUUCCUUCUGACUGCAACUGUCAAUGCCAUUAUCGUCUCCCUUCUCCUUUCUUUGGCAGCAGCAGGAGGCUUCUUGGCACUAUUUUUUGCUUGUGUAACUGCUAUUUAUAUUGGGGCAUUAUCUGUUGCUGCUUUUGUUAUUUCCACUGCAACAAUUUCAGCAAUUUUCGCUGUUAUGGUGGCUACAGGUUGGAUUGGGUUCUUUUGUGUCUUUUGGUUGGCUAUGAAGAAAAGUGUGGGUCUUGCUAAGCACUCAUUGCGCAUCACUGGUUCAACACUUUCAGCUUACUCUUCUGCUCAGCGUGCUCGUCACCAGACUGAACCGGAAUACAUUUCAAAUUGAACUGUUGCUACAAACUUAUGUGGGUAGAUGUUUAUAUGCCUUCAAUACUUGUAUAUGUUUAAUAAUAUUCAGGACCUUGUCUAUAGUUUGGGAGCAUUUAUUUCUUUUAGGACUGAGUCUGAAGCAUAUUUUAUUUAUUAAUUAAGGAUUUUCAAAGGACUGAAGCAGUUGCGUUCUGUAUAUUUAUACGUAACAAAAAAUGAAAGUUUUAAGAAGUUUUAAGGGUAUGUUUGAUUGGAGGGUAAUCCC